GCAGCUGCGCCGACCUCGGAGGCGGCGUCCUCUCUGAAGGCAGCGGGCCCGAAUCCGAGCGAGGCGAUGAGCGAGGGGCCGGGGCCAGGCUCCGCCAGCUCGCGUCUCGCGCAGGAGGGCCAGGAAGCGGAUUUUGUCCCAGACUACACGCUACGCGCGAUGGACAUGGGCCCCGAGUUGGUCAGCGCGCUGGCCGCGGGGUACAUGGGGGCGGCGCAGGAGGAGGCGCGGAACGCGAUCGCGGCGGGCGAUGGCCGCUGGGACACCCUGCCGUCGCAUCUGCAGCUGACGCCAGGCGAGGCGCCGCCGCCGGACACGCAUCGGGCCGACAUGAUGGCCAUGAAGGGGCGGGAGUGCGAGCAGGACAUCCUGGACUACACCAGGGAGCCCGGUGUCCCAGGCUCUGCCAGGCAACCAGACAUGGGCGCCAAGCGGAUCGUGGGCCCCGUCAGCGGCACCGACCCGCGCGACUUCACGGUUCGGGCGCGCGCAAGUUCUGUUGUGCGUGAAUUGAGAGAGGUUUCCACCCGCUUGUCGUACGACGCCCUGCUGUCGGAUUUCCUUUCGAUCACAGUGGGCAAGGUCGUCCCCGCUCUCUACGGGCGCGAGACAGCGGGCGGAAUCGCCGAGCACAUCCGCACCAAGUCUUUGACGAGCGCCAAGGAGCGCCUCAACGUCCGCGGCGCCCUUCGCGAGGAGGGCGGCACGACCGAGCGGCGCGUGGUGAUGGUCGCCAAGACACCGCUGGACGCGGUGGCGUCCGCUUCGGCGAUGCGCGCGCGCUGCGGCCUCUACGCGGCGACCGGCGACGUCGCGAUGCAGGCGCCCGCCGCGCGCGUGAUCGAAGACCGCCCGGUCGGCACGGCGGUGCACCGCGAUCAGGCGCUAGGUGGAGUCCGUGUCGGCCAGCUGGUGGGGCACUGCGAUUUCGGAAAGAUGCUGGCGUGCCGCUUGGACAAAGAGGCCGCUCUCGUCGUCGCGUCCGCCGUCGACCCCCCCGCGCGGGGCUCUGCCGGCGCCGCGGACGCGGCGGGGCUUGCUGCGGCCAGCAGCGGUCAGGGCCCGUGCCCCACUUUCACCAUGGAGCACGUCGCCAAGCUUUCCAAGGACGAGGCCACGGUGCCGACGCGCAGUCUGGCGGCGGAGUGGAAAGCCGCUCUGACGGCGGCCGAUGCUUCCGACGCGGCACUGACUUCUAUGUCGGCCAUGGGCAGCGAGUACUGGUCGGGGGGGCGCUCGCGGAAAGUCAG